UUGUUACUGUUGUGUACAAUGGCACGUAAAUACUGGUAUUAGUGUUGAUACUGUUGCAUUUUACAGUAUUACGAUAGUAUAGAUUGUGUACAAAUUGAUAAUUAAGUUGAAGCGAAAUAAGUUAAUAUAAUUAUUUUUAAUUUAAGUAAGGUAAAACUAGGUAUGUAGUACCAAUGAUAAUGUGUAGUAAUUUAUGUAUAGUAAAAUUUGUGUUGUACUCAACUAGAGAAGUUGUAGACUUUGCUUUUGGCCUGAAUAUUGUUAUUGUUAACUAGUUUCGACGAUAAUGAUUCGUCAAAAAAGUACUUUGCAGAAUCGAAUCGAACCAUUCGUAACAGGUCAGACGAAGUUAGCAACGACAAAAAAUUUUUAACCAGGAAAUUUGGAUUCUAUUCUACUACUGCACCUUGUAGUUGCACUACUAAAUACAAGUUUAAAGUUUACCACUACUACUUGAACUACUUCUACUAAGUACUAUGGCAUCCAGGGCCAGUGGAAGUAUGAAUAUUUUAGAAGAAGAUCUUUAUGAGGCAGUAAACAGACAAGAUCUGGAGGGAUUGAAACAGUUGUUAAGACAAGGUGCUAAUGUAAAUAACUUAGUACAUUCUGGAAGAACAAUUCUGGGAAGGGCAGUACAACUUGGAAAUAUUGAAGUCAUCCAGACAUUAAUUAAUGCUGAAGAAUAUCUCCCAGAAGAAGAAGAGGUAAAUAUGGAUGAGCAGAAUGAAGAUGAAUUUUUAGAUACUGAGUUCUUUGCUUGGGAUGAAGAUCCAUUGUCUUUUUCAUGUACUGAGUCAUACACAGUUGAAGUAAAGAAUGACUUGUCACCUUCAAAUAGUGGAAGUCUUUCUGUAAAUGGAAACUUUUCAAAUCCCAGUUGUAAUGAUCAUUGGCCAAUCCCUCCUAAACCAACUGAAAGAGCCUUGGGUUUGUUCCAGACUUUAAGGAAGUAUACUUCUCAUCGAAGGAGCUGUGAUGUUAACCUGCCUGACUUCUAUGACCGGAUGCCUGUUCAUUAUGCCUCAGAGCUGGGAAAUCCUGAAGUUUUAGCAAUGCUUCUUAAAGCAGGUUGUCGAGUCAAUGUUUCAGAUAGUGAGAGUGUCACACCAUUACAUCUUGCUGUUUGUAGAGGUCACGAAGAAGUCACUGAAAUGUUGCUAAAGGCAGGAAGUCGUGUAAAUAGCAAAACCAGGUACACAAGUGAUAAAUCAACAGCCUUACAUGUUGCUGCUAGUCGGGGAUUUCCCACAAUAGUAGAUAUGUUAUUAAAUAGUGGAGCCAAGAUUGAUGUUCUAGAUUCUUCUGACCGUACUCCACUCUUUUUAGCAGUUAACCGUGCCAAUCAUGAUGUAGUGAGAUUGUUAGUCAAAAGAGGAGCUAGGGUCAAUGUUGAAGAAAUACACGGAUACACCCCCUUAGCUGAAGCAGUGUGGUACAAAGAUGUAGAAUUAGUGGACAUCUUACUUAAGGGUGGAGCCAAAGUCAUUGGUCAUCACCAUCUCUUACACUACUGUGUUAUGCAUCGUUGCCCAAGGCUUACUCGUUUGUUGCUCCAAGCUGGAUCCUUUGUUAAUUCCAGGGAUGACAGUGGAGAUACUCCAUUGCACUUAGCUGUUAGAGCUAGUCAGGUUGAAAUUAUUGAAGAUCUUCUAGCUUAUGGUGGAGAUGUUAAGUUGACUAGUGGGCUUUCAGGACAAACAUUAAUCCAUGAAGCUGUAGAUGGUAUAAGAUCUCAGGAAUUUGAUACUUUUCGUGUUAUUCUUCAUCUGCUGAUGCGACGUGGCUCUAAGUUAAAUGUUGAAAGCUUCACUCCAGGAGAUACCCCUCUUUAUCGUGCCAUAUUAUUAGACAAAUUUCGUUUUGCAGAAGAGCUUAUUAGGUGUGGAAGUGAUGUUAACAUGGGAAAUGUAUAUUCAUGUAAUAUUGACAACCUUUGUCUUGCUCGACGCAAAAACCACUUUCAUACUGUUAGGCUUCUUGUGUUUGCGGGCUUCCAUCUCUGGCAGACUCCAUGGCUAGAAAUACUUCCUCCCACAAUGCCACAUAGCUACCCAAUAAAUACCAUAAAAAAAUGGCUUAUUUACAUGAAAAGUAACCCCAUGAAUCUUUCGGACCUUAGUCGCAUUGUAGUCAGGCGAAGACUAGGAGAGAACUUGGUGUGCAAAAUUAACCACUUGCUUCUUCCUGAACGUAUAAAACGAUAUCUCCUCUUAGAGGAUGUAAUAGAUGACAUGGAAGCAUCAAGCCCAACAGCUGAUGUAAACAAUGCAAACCAGCCAUUCAGGUGAUAAUAAAACUGUUGUAUGUAAAAGUAUCAAAAAGUAAUGUUUGAGAACAUUUGUUAUUCAUACUGUUAAACUAGUGUUCCAAAACUUUGGACUGUUGUUUUAAAGCCAGUUAUACAUUUAGAUGUGACAUUGACAGAGAAUUUUAUGAAUAUCCUCACUGCUUCAGCAUAUACUUUACAUAAGUAACUUUACUGUGAUUUCUAUUUAUUUAUGGUACUAUAAUAAUUACUGAAACUAAAAUAUGAGGUUUUAAGAAUUACUCCUCUUAACAAUCAAUGCCAUCAUAAAUAUAAUUAUUUAUGUUUCGUAAGCAGAUAUACUAAUUGAGUACCAGAUUUCUAAAUCUGUUUUAAAGGAAAAG